AUGAGGAUUUCCCAGAACAACAGCACCCUGGAAAUAGUCCCUGCCAGGAGGGAGGAUUCUGGAGAUUAUCAGUGUGAAGUAUCCAAUCAAGUCAGUGCCAAGAGGAGUGACCCCAUCCAUGUGGACAUAAUAGAACUACACCCACCUGCACAGUACUCUUGGUUUGUCAAUGGAGAGAUCCAGUCCUCCUCCCAAGAGAUCUUUAUCCCCAACAUCAAUACUAGUAAUUGUGGAUCCUAUUCCUGCCUCAUCUAUAAUGUUUUUCCUGGGGUCAAUAGGACCACAAUGAAGCAAAUUACAGCCUUUAUUAAAAGACAUGAACCAGUGACUACACCUUCCAUCCAAUUCACCAACAGCACAGUCGAAGACCUGACCUCUGUGUUCCUGAAGUGUUUGUCAAAUGACACUGGGAUCUCAAUUCAUUGGCUCUUCAAAGGACAGAGUCUCAGGAUCACGAAAAGGAUGAGGCUGUCCCAGAACAACAGCACCCUGGAAAUAGUCCCUGCCAGGAGGGAGGAUUCUGGAGAUUAUCAGUGUGAAGUAUCCAAUCAAGUCAGUGCCAAGAGGAGUGACCCCAUCCAUGUGGACAUAAUAGGUGAGUGA